AUGUUGAAGUUGAUUGACGCCCAUGCCAGAUCGAGUCUGCUCGUAUUCAGGAUCUAUCGGCGAGGCAGUGCCACAACUAUACGUCACUUUGAGCUACCGUCCAAGCCACUUGUUUAUGAUGAUUCUCUUUUGAUUCAACUUAUGAUGCAUCUACCGUCGAUGACCGAAUCUCAUAUCCCUAGCUCUUCGUAUACGGCGUCUUGGACAUCAAGCGUUGUGGACUAUCCGGAAGAAUAUGGGCGAACCUAUCAUGCUUUCCGAGCAGGAUCAUAUAACUUUCCAAACGAUGAGAGAGAGAUGGAUCGCUUAUAUUUGACACAUACGAUGAUUGUCAAGACCAUCGGCAACAAGUUCUUUCUUGCCCCAAUCAAGGCUGAGGCAACGCAUCGCAUCCUCGACGUUGGAACCGUUACUGGGAUUUCCAUCAAGAUUGUCGACCUCUUUCCAAAUUCUGAGAUUUUUGGAAAUGACUUGAGCCCAAUCCAACCAGAAUGGGUGCCGCCAAAUGUCAAGUUCGAGAUUGAUGAUGUCGAAAGCGAAUGGGUUGUCAGCAACAAAUACGACUUCAUUUUCACAAUAACCGAUUUGCUCGCUAAAAACCUUGCGCCAAAGGGUUGGGCCGAGUUUCAAGACAUGAGUGUGCUCUACGCAUGCGACGACGGAACACUUACGGAGGAGCAUGCAAUCAUGAAGCGGGAUCGACUGUUCAUCGAAGCUUGCAAGAAGCUGGGUCGCGAAGACUCUCCAGGCCCCAAACUGGAGGGCUGGGUUCGUCAAGCGCCAUUCAAGAAUGCUGUUCACCGGCAUUUCAAGAUACCUCUGGGUCCUUGGUCUAAGGACGCCCACAAUAAGGACUUGGGAUGGUGCAAACUCGCUCGAACUCUGGAGGGUCUCGAUGCAUUCACUUUAAAGCUGUUCAUUGGUGUUCUUGGAUGGACUAGAGAGGAGGUAGUGGUGCUGUUAGCCCAGGUUCGCCAAGAGUUGAAGAGCGGUGCAUUCCACGCAUAUCUGAACUACCACGCUGUCUAUGGACAGAAACUCUAGGACGGGGAAGGAGAAACUGCGGAAAACCGAGUUGAGGCACGAUGCUGUCGGCAUGAGACCCACAGCAGAGGUGAAUGCAGUGAGCUAAACUGCAGCAGAUGUGAUCGAGAGAAGAAAAGGCAGUGGAUUAUU